CUCCCUCCGCGCGUCGGUCGGUUGUGAUUUUCGGGCUUCGCAGCGGCGUCUCAUCGGUGAUGGCUGGCACAAAUCACGUCUCCGAGGCGCUUUAAUAUGCUCCGCGCUGCGGGAGUGACGGUAGCACCGGACCAGUCUCAAAAUGACCACCGGCUUCAGCUCCGGUUCCUGCCGGUUCGCAGAUUAUUUUGUGAUCUGCGGACUCGACACCGAAAGCGGGCUGGAACCCGACGAACUGUCCGCUUUAUGCCAGUAUAUAGAGGCUACUAAAUUCAGAGAUGGGGCCAGAGGAAAUUUGGCAAGUGCAAACAAAGGUGAGAAUUUUGAGCAGAGUCCAUUGCGGAGAACCUUUAAAUCCAAAGUUCUUGCACAUUAUCCAGACAAUGUCGAAUGGAAUCCAUUUGACCAAGAUGCAGUUGGCAUGCUUUGUAUGCCAAAGGGUCUAUCAUUCAGGACGCAGGUGGACUCCCGGGAGCCUCAGUUCCACUCCUUCAUCAUCACGCGGGAGGACGGCUCCCGCACCUACGGCUUUGCCCUCACCUUCUUCGAGGAGGUGACCAGUAAGCAGAUCUGCAGCGCCAUGCAGACUCUCUACCACAUGCACAACGCAGAGCAGUACGACAUCUUGCACACUCCCACCUCCCCGCCGGGGCCCGAGGACCAGCGGCACCAACACUCGCAGACCCGUCCCGUGCUGCACGCGGCGCCGUCCAUCUCCCGCCUGCAGCGCUUCAACUCGUACGACAUCAGCCGCGACACGCUGUACGUGUCCAAGUGCAUCUGCCUGAUCACGCCCAUGGCCUUCGCGCAGGCCUGCAGGAAGGUGCUGCAGCAACUCCACCAAGCCGUCUCCUGCCCCCAGCCCCCUCCCCUCCCCCUGGAGAGCUACAUAUACAACAUCCUUUAUGAGGUGCCCCUGCCGCCGUCCGGCCGCUCCCUAAAGUUCUCAGGCGUCUACGGGCCCGUGGUGUGCCAGAGGCCGAGCACAUCGGAGCUGCCGCUCUUUGACUUUGCCAUCAGUGAGAUGUUUAAUCUGCUCGGGGUGGAGAACGUUCUGCAGCUCUUCACCUGCGCCCUGCUCGAGAUGCAGAUCCUGCUCUACUCACAACAUUACCAGAGGCUGAUGACCGUAGCAGAGAGCAUCACGGCCUUAAUGUUCCCCUUCCAGUGGCAGCAUGUGUACGUUCCCAUCCUCCCGGCCUCCCUGCUCCACUUCCUGGACGCUCCGGUGCCGUAUCUCAUGGGGCUCCACUCCAACGGGCAAGACGACCGCACCAAACUAGAACUGCCCCAGGAGGCCAACCUGUGUUUUGUGGACAUCGAUAAUCACUUCAUCGAGCUGCCAGAGGAGCUGCCCCAGUUUCCCAACAAGCUGGAGUUCAUCCAGGAGAUCUCGGAGGUGCUCAUGUCUUUUGGCGUCUCUCCAGAGGGAAAUAUUCACUCCACCGACAGACAGACCAAGCUCCGCGGCUUCAGAUCAGUCGAUAUGGUCUCCGACAAGCGGAACGGCAACCUGUCGUCACCCCUCAACUCCUACCUGCUGAGGGAGAAUGAGACCAUCGCCAGGCUGCAGGCUCUGGUCAAGAGGACAGGAGUCAGCCUGGAGAAGCUGGAGGUGAGAGAGGACGCCGGCAGCGGGAAGGACGCGCAGGUUCAGUGCGACGAGGAGGAGCUGAAGAUGCACCAGCUCAACAUCCACGUGCGAGAAGUCUUCGCCAACCGCUUCACGCAGAUGUUCGCCGACUACGAGGUGUUCGUCAUCCAGCCCAGCCAGGACAAAGAGUCGUGGUUCACAAACCGAGACCAGAUGCAGAACUUUGACAAGGCUUCCUUCCUGUCGGACCAGCCCGAGCCGUACCUGCCCUUCCUGUCGCGCUUUUUGGAGACGCAGAUGUUCGCCUCCUUCAUCGACGGCAAGAUCCUCUGUCACGACGACGAAGACAAGGAGCACUCCCUGCGGGUGUUCGACUCCCGGGUGGAUAAGAUCCGGAUGCUGAACGUGCGCACGCCCACACUGCGAACCUCCAUGUACCAGAAAUGCACCAACAUCGAAGAAGCAGACAACCUGUUUAGAAAGCGAUAUGAAAAAGCUGAUUUUGUUGUCCCUGAACCUCACGCCAUUAGCCCGGAAACCGACAACACCAGCCACCAGAAAGCCAUAGAGAUGAGGGUGGCGAAGAUCGACCACACCGCCCUGCACCCCCACCUGCUGGACAUGAAGAUCGGUCAGGGGCGCUACGAGCAGGGCUUUUUCCCGCGCCUGCAGUCCGACGUGCUCUCCACCGGGCCCACCAGCAAUAAAUGGGCCAAGAGGAGUGCUCCUGCCCAGUGGCGGAGGAGGGACCGACAGAAGCAGCACGCUGAGCACCUUUAUUUAGACAACGACCAGAGAGAGCAUGUCGAGUGUUUGUUUCCGGAGCUGCAGCUCCUGCUGUUUCUUGACUACUACUGGCUCUCGCAGUCCUUCAAGCCCUGUCUAAAGUCGGUGACUGUGGAUGUGAAGUACAUCCAGGAAGCCAGAAACUUGGGCACGACCAUCAGGCAGCCUAAACUAUCCAACCUGUCGCCGUCUGUCAUCGCCCAGACCAACUGGAAGUUUGUGGAAGGAUUGCUGAAGGAGUGCAGGAACAAGACCAAGCGUAUGCUGGUGGAGAAGAUGGGCCGGGAGGCAGUGGAGUUGGGUCAUGGGGAAGUGAGCAUCACCGGCGUGGAAGAGAACACGCUGAUAGCUAGCCUCUGUGACCUGCUGGAGAGGAUCUGGAGCCACGGACUGCAGGUUAAACAGGGGAAAUCUGCCUUGUGGUCUCACCUGCUGCACUACCAGGACAGCAAGGAGAAGAAGAACGCAACUCCCGGUGGAUUAGGACCUCCUGGUUUAAUUCAUGACACUGAAAGACGGAAAUCCGAUGGGGGCAUGUCAGCAAUGCCUCCUCUGAAAGUCUCUCUGAUCCAGGACAUGAGACACAUUCAGAACAUAAGCGAGAUCAAGACAGACGUGGGCAAAGCCAGAGCCUGGGUCCGUCUCUCCAUGGAGAAGAAGCUGCUCUCCAGACAUCUGAAGCAGCUGCUGUCUGACCACGAGCUGACAAAGAAACUUUACAAGCGCUACGCCUUCCUGCGCUGUGAUGAUGAGAAGGAGCAGUUUCUUUACCACCUCCUGUCCUUCAACGCGGUCGAUUAUUUCUGUUUCACCAACGUAUUCACAACCAUCAUGAUCCCCUACCACGUGGUGGUUGUUCCCAGUAAGAAGCUGGGGGGCUCCAUGUUCACCGCCAACCCCUGGGUGUGUGUCUCCGGUGAGCUGGCAGAGACUGGAGUCCUGCAGGUCCCCAGAAACACUCUGGAGAUCACUUUCGAGUGCCAGAACCUGGGCAAACUCACCACAGUGCAGAUGGGUCACGAUAACACAGGGCUCUAUGCGAAGUGGCUGGUCGAGUGCGUUAUGGUCCGCAACGAGAUCACGGGACACACGUACAAGUUCCCAUGCGGCCGGUGGCUGGGGAAAGGCGUGGAUGACGGCAGUCUGGAGAGGAUCCUGGUGGGGGAGCUGAUGACCCCCAGCACAGAGAAUGACGAGCGGAUGUGCCGCACGCCACCGAUGCAGCAGUCCCCAGGGAUGAUGAGGAGAUUUGUUACCAUCUCACCAAACAGCAAACCAAAGUUAAACACAGGUCAGAUCCAGGAGGGAGUGGGAGAGGCCAUCAACGGGAUUGUGAAGCACUUCCACAAGCCGGAGAAGGAGAGAGGCAGUCUGACUCUUCUCCUCUGUGGGGAGUACGGCCUCGUCUGGGCUCUGGAGCAGGUUUUCCAGCACGGCUUCAAAUCACCUCGACUCUUUAAGAAUGUUUUCAUCUGGGACUUCUUAGAGAAGUCUCAAGUGUACUUUGAAAGUGCCGAGCAGCGACAGGCGACUCCAGAUGAAAACUGGCAGACCAGAGUGCGACACUUCUGCCGCUUCAUGCGCGCCAUCAACAGCACUUCCAGAAACAUUGGCAAGGAUGGAAAGUUCCAGAUGCUCGUCUGUUUGGGUGCACGGGACCAUUUGCUCCAUCACUGGAUCGCUCUGCUUGCAGACUGUCCGAUCACGGCUCAGAUGUACGAGGACACUGCACUGAUUAAGGACCGCACCUUGGUAAACUCUCUGAUCAGAGUGUUGCAGACUUUGCAAGAGUUCAACAUCACCCUGGAGGCUUCACUCGUCAAAGGCGUGGGUAUCUGAAACCAAACCAACUCCCCACCGGCUGUGCUCAACCAGGAAGGCCACUGCGGACCACUAAACAGAAUAACUGAACCUUUUAUAUGCAGGAACAGACUUGAACAAAGGACACUUUCUGGCUUAUAUUAAAGCUACUGUUACAUUUGCCAUAUAUUAAGUGCAAUGAGCCUUUCAAGAUAUGUUGUUAUUUUUAUCCUCAAUGAUGUUGCCAUUAGAUGUUAAAAAUAUGUUUUCUAUUAUGAACCAUGAUUUUCACAUUACUGAUGAUGAUGAUGAUCUACUUGUGCUAUAAUGUUUUAUUGAAAGCUAAAUAUUUUCAUUGUUAUCGUGAACUGCUGACAAUGGUUAUAUUUAAAGGAAAGUGAGGAACAAAACUGUUAAUAUAUUUUCAGAGAAAAACAGUAUUAUUUUGUUAAAUCAGUGAAGUUGCUUGCUCUGUUGUCAACUCAGAUUUCAAUGUCAUAACGCAGAGCUUAAAGCAAAUGAAGUAGAAGUAUGCUUUAUAAGUAUGUGUAUGACAGGGAGGUUUGUAGAGUGAAAGAUGAUUCACCCACAUUGGAAUAAAAAUGCUGUUAUAUUUGGACCGUUCCCUGACAAAAGACCAUGUAUGCAAAUGUUUUACAUCAAAGUGGCAAAAUUUUCCUUCUUGCAUGAUAAUUGGACUGUGUGGCUUCAGCCUGUAUCCAGUGAUGAACAUUACAUUCAGUUGGAUAAAGAAGAAAAAAAAAGAAGUGUUGCAGUCCUGAUACAAGUACUCCAAGAGCUGCUUGGACCCAGCUUUCUGUGCAAAGUGGAUCACAAUAACAGCCUUCAUCUAAAUACCUCCAAUUAGCCCUUACCCGUAACAUAGCCCCAGCCCUUAUAUACUACUUAUGUCUUCUUCCCCAAACAAAACAGUUUAAUGGUCUGAGUACACCUCGUCAUGAAGGCUCUUCAUGUGCGAAGCCAAAAGGACGAUGUCCCUUCUCCCGAUUUUUGUCGUCAUGAUUUCUUGCUAUGCAAUAUCCACAAGAGAAAACUGAUAUUAAUGGGCCAUCCCCUGUUACAUACAUUGAACUUUACUGUGCAGAAUAACAGAUUUGAUAUGUGAUGGACUUCUUUUCUGUGCCAACAUCUGAAAUGACUGUGUUGUACUCAUCUGUGUACAACCCACACAGGAGCAUCCGGGAAGAUAUAUAUUUUUGUUUUCCAAUACAGUUGUACAUUUAUUGACAUAGCUGUGUAAUGUAGUGUUUACUAAGUGAGCAACAGUGUACAGUGUAAAAACAUAUUAAGAAUAAAGCAUCUGUAAUGCAUUAAAA